AUGGCGCUUUCAUUUUUGGGUGCCCUUCUUGGGUACUGGAUGAUUCUAAGACAUACAUCGCUUGUCGUGGGGGUCUUUGCCUCCUCCUUCUCCAACGCUCAAGCACCUCUGGCCAACACACCUCAUGCGCUUGAUCCCAAUCUCACCAACAGCAUCGCGAAAGAUAUAAUCACGCUUUUCUAUAAUGGCUCAGGGCCAGUGCCCGAUUAUGAAAGGAAAUCGCCUAUCCCAGAUCCAAUCACCCCGCUUUCGCCCAUGGCAAUCGAAGAGUCGCUGUUGUUACAAUUGGUGUCGGUUGCCAAAACCUCAUUUUAUCCAGACAAUUGCUCCAAAUGCCUCGCAGCGACACAAUUGCUCCACGCGACCGCCAUUAGCCAACCGGUGUCGGUAUUUACAAGCAUCUUAAUUAAGGCAUGUAACAAUUUGCCGUUCGUCAAAAGCAGUAUUCGAGCCAAGUCAUGUGAGGCUGAGUUCGGAGGGGUGGCCUCGUUUGGCCCCUACCUGGCCCAAUUGUUUUCAAAAAUGAGCUUCGCUACGGGAGACAUGCAUUAUUUGUGUUCUAAUCUCCAACCUCUCUGCCAGCCACUACCGCCAGUGUUGAUUGAUGAGGGCCUCUACUUCGAUCCAAAGCCAGAAUCUGCGGAGAUUGCGCCAGAACCAUCAGGAAACACCUUUGAUGUCCUCCAUCUCUCGGAUUGGCAUUUAGACCCUCGCUUUGAUAUCGGGUCCGAGGCUAAUUGUACUGGUUACCUCUGCUGUCGCCCUUAUUCGGAGAAUGACCAACUUUCAACUAACCGACACAACGCGUCUUUGCCUGCUUCAAGAUUUGGAUCGUUCUUCUGUGAUUCUCCCGCUGAUCUCGCCCUCUCGGCCUUUGACGAUAUGGGCCAAUUCGUUAACAUGGACGAGUUGGGCUUCAGUAUCUUUACGGGUGAUAUUGUAUCUCACGAUCCGGAAGAUACCCUGUCGCGGGACUACGUGGCUUAUGAGGAGGAGGUUACCUACCUGGUCUUCAAGAGAAUGCUAGGGGACACACCAGUGUAUGCAGCACUGGGAAAUCAUGACACUCUUCCUGUGAGCUUCAACACGCAGCAUGACUUGAACCCCGAUCCAAAGAACUCCAGCAGCAACGUGUAUCAGUGGAACUACGAUCUCGUUUCGUCGCUCUGGUCGGAUUACUCCUGGCUUAAUGAUACGGAAGCAUCUUUCGCGAGAACUCACUAUGGCGCUUAUGCCACGACUACCGCUCAAGGCUUACGAAUCAUAUCUCUCAACUCAGAUUUUUGGUAUAAGGCAAACAUUUUCAACUACUGGAAUGUUACCAAUCCUGAUCAGAGUGGUAUCUUGAAGUGGCUUGCUGAUGAGCUAUCGGCGUGCGAGAAGCGCGGCCAACGAGCUUGGAUAAUUGCACAUGUCCUGACCGGCUUCGAUGGUACUGCGCCUUUGCCAAAUCCAACUGGCCUCUUCUAUUCAAUCGUGCGUCGCUUCUCUCCAGCGACAAUCGCUGCCAUCUUCUUUGGGCAUACACACCAAGAUCAAUUCCAGAUAUUCUACGACUAUCUGCCCUCCUCAUUACAAUCACAUGAAGACGCAAGCGGACCGCAAACGCUGCGAGAUACGACUCAGGUUGACUUUAGUAAACCCCUGCAGGUUUCAUACAUCGGCCCCAGCAUCACUCCGUUGACUGGACUCAAUGCUGGAUAUCGAGUCUACCAGAUCGACUCAAAGACAUUUUCCGUUAUGAAUUCCCAGACUUUCAUCGCCAACAUGUCAAAUAGUCUGUCGUGGAGGAAGCCUGUUUGGGAGUUUGAGUACGAUACCCGCCAUGCGUACUCUGAAGAUGUGGACGAUGGACGGACGCACAAUCCUGAAAGUAUACAGUGGCCCGCAGCAUCACCGUUAAAUGCAACAUUUUGGCACCUUGUGACGGAUCGCAUGCGGAAAGGUCCAGAAAGUUCCGGUUCUCCCGAUCCCUCGUUACUAGAACUAUACAACAAGUUCGAAUCCAAAUCUAGUUCAGCCAAGACGCGACGUGGGAGUGGCAACAUCAGCCCGGAGCAGAAGGUUUGCUUUUUGCGCGCCGGCAGCAGCUGGCUCGGACAUCAGUGUACGGAGCAAUUUGGGACCGAUGCCAGAGGCGCGAGAGAGAGGACGGUCGGACUGGUUUAG